AUGCAGACUGGCGUUUUUUUUCUCCUUUUUUCCAACUAUGCUUAUCGAGACAUCGCGUGCGAAAAAGAGAAAACAUUUUACAUUAUUCCCUCACAUUUAAAUAUGACAAAACAAAAUCGUAGCACAACAUCCAUGCAAGAUUUAAGAGAACUUUGUAUGAACAUAUGCAACAACUCGGUCAGGAAUUUCGAAGUUGUUAUGCACAGUGAUUCCUCUCAUGGUUUUCAAGCAAUCAUAGACCAUUGGAGAAGACAGCGCCAUCAAGAUAUCGACGCUAUUGCUGACCAAGCUCUCAUGGAUUAUGAACGACAAGCAAAUUUCUCUACAGAUAUUUCAGAGUAUCGAGAAACAUACGCUCAAUUGGCCGACUCAUUGGAAAGCGCCGGUCAUGAUGAGUUAAAUAAAAUUCUUGAAUUGAAUAAUCAAAUUCAAGAGCGAGUAAAUAACGUGCACCGUGGUGACACAUCUGAUUGUAGUAGUACUACAUUAGAUGCAACUUUACAAGCUAAAUUACAACCAUCCGUAUUACAUGCACAUAUACGUCCAUAUGUAGUAUCGACUAGAACUGAUGAAUUCGAUCCACCGUCGAAUCGUAUUCACACAAGAAAUUCUUUCGAAAAUCGUUCAUCGUUUUCGAUAUCAGAAACAGUUCCAGAACCAGUCAUUCGACAACCAACAGUUCCGGUGGCAAAUAAUGUAGUUCGAACUGAAGCAGCAUUAUCAAAUAAUCAUGCGCCUGUGCAAAUAGAGUCUGUUGUACCUAACGUAGAAGCAGUUGCUGAACCGCCAGCUCCUCAAACAGCUGCAGCUGCAACAGCUGCAGCUGCAACAGCAGCAGCGUCUAAACCAGCCGGUGAAUUAAGUAAUGGGAACAGAGAGAAUGGUAUAACGACUGACACCACCUUUCCAGAUGACUUGGAUUGUGGUAAAACAGACCAUAUUCAACGUACGAACCCAUUAAUAAUUCCUACUACAAGUGAAAAAUACGCUGGUACAAUCUGUUGUCAUAACAAGCAACUGCUAUACAACACUUAUGACAAAGUUACUGAUACUUAUAGUUUAUUUUUUAUAAACGAUGUUACGAAUCCAUCAGCAAAUGAACCUAUUGCUUGGACUGCGCCUGAUCAUCCUAUUGAUGGAAAUGACAAUGAUUGGAUACAGGAUAUAUCCUAUUCAGAUGUUCUUUCAGGCUAUUUAAUUCUCAAUCGAACACGUUUACGUUUAUAUAAGCCUGCAACAAAAGCACUUGAAGAGUUUCAUCUAUUUGCUGGUCGUACAAUGAGACGAAUAUCCUGUUGUCAAGGAUUACUUUAUUUAACAUCAAUUCACGGCACGGCUGCUUUCAACGGUGAUGAAAUUCUUAUAAUGGAUUCGAACAAAGUAGAACAAGCAUGUAAAACUUUACGUGAUAUCUUUCCACCUCGAUUGAAUCGAGGUGGCGGAGCAUUGCCUGGCGAAAUCAGUGAUAUUGCCGUUGCCAAUAAUGAGCAUGCUGCCAUUGGUUAUCGAUUAGAAAGACGUCAUGAAGUUGGCAUUUGUAUAUUCAAGCUGACUAAUGAUGGAAAAGAAUGGACCUUUGCCAAACAAUUAGUAUUGAAUGAUUGUUGGGUUAGUGAUUUAUCGUACACACCAAGAGUUGAUUGGUGUCAAAAACUUCAGGUCUAUAUCUUGAUUGAAUAUAUUACUGGCCAUUUGAUAAUGCUUAGUCAAGAUGGUGAAGUUGAAGGUGAAUGUCAAUUCACACAUCCACAAAAUCGACGUGAUUCACCCAUCAAUUUAACCGUUUCACAAGAUUGUCUUGGCGUACGAUAUGGAGAAUCAAUUAAUAUUCAUCAAAUUCAAGACUAA